GGUUUCCUUUUCGGUUUACAACGAAGGGUCCUUCCUCGAGACCGAAAUAAAAUUAAAGAUAGUAAAUAAAAGUACAAUAUUUCGCUCUAAUUUCAGGAAAUCCUGUUGCAAGAACUCCGGCUAGAGUAUGUUUUGAGUAUGAGUAGAUCGCAGAUUGCAAGUGAACUCCGGCGUGAAAUUAUCAUAAACUGCUCUUGGACAAAUGUUGUAAAAUGGAUUUAUGGAACCGAUUAGAUCUUGUUCCUCCCGCUCUCAUGAACGAGGAAUGCACAACGAAACACAUCAAAGAUGAAAUACGUGCUCUUACGAAUACGAGCGGCAAAAUGCUGAUAUACUUUGUAUCUUUGCAAAAGUUUGAAAAGGCAGCCGCAUAUCUCUCGCGCUUUUGCGUACGUUACAAAGCCCGGCAACGGAAUAUGCACGGGUUUCAGAUUAUGCGCCGCCUCAACCAAACCCUGCUGCGCAUCAAAAAGCUCGACAUCGUGCGCGAAAUUACGGAUUUUCACAGCUUCCUGCCGGAAUCUAGCUACAUCGAGAAGGUUAUGCGUCUUCCGGUACGAUCCAAUCUCGAGCAUCUACUCAUACGGUUGCAAGGUCUUGCCAAACUACUGUUGCGCGUGGUUCUUCUCACGAAGGAUGCAGCAUGCUAUCAAUUGAAGCAGAUUAACAGAGUCUUUCUGUUCUACCACAGUAGCAUCUUUUUGGCAUUGAUGGGCGAGCUAUGGCUACUGGCAAGAAACAUAAGCCGCCGUGUAAACCAGUACUAUGAUGAACUGUAUCCCAUGCUGAGCAUUCUUCCCGAUUGUACGGAGCGAUGGCUUCCGAAUCAGUAUACUUUACCGCCAAGUAUCGCAGAAUGGAUCGGUUAUCAGUAUCAGGAAGAGAUUGUUCGAGGAUCAAAUAAGAAGACUUCGAUUGAAACGGAGACAGCCUACUCUAUUUUCAACCUACUGCAGCACCACGGAUCCGACGAGACUGUGAACGUUUCAAGACUCACCAAAGAAGUAAGAGACGUAGCCGACCAUAGCGAGCCUUCCGCGGCAUCACUUGCUUCCGUCCCGAAAGCGAUGCUACUUGAAGCGUUGCGAUCCGAUACCGGAGAACGGAUUAAUUCAUCGAAAAAAGUAUCUGGAUAUGUACCGAAGCAAAGUUUUGAUGUCACAAAAUUAAAGCACAUCAAAUCAAAGUUCCAGGUUAAACAGUUUAUUGCCGAAGAACGCGGCAAUCGUACAGAAAAUAUUGCGCAAGCAGCGACCGCGGCAGUGUCGGAAUCACAAUUCAGUGAUUUUAAUGUGCUCCUUAUGAAAGAAUUUAACCGGUUAUCAUCAGCUGAGUUUGUAAAAUUCUUCAAAGAGCAAUUGGUCCUUCUUAUCAAAGAGUAACAGAAUGAGGCAUUAUUCUUAUCGUCCACUAGUCGUCCUAGUGGACCAUUUAUUCAACAACAAAAUAAUUCACAACGACUGGCUGUUAUCAGUAACACAGAACGACCGUAGGUGAAUGUAGGUUGUCGGGGAUUGGUAGUUCCGUUUCUAGAAGAAAAAGAAAAACUGUACCACAUGUCUUUCUUGAAAGCUUGACAAAAUAUAUCUUUUUAC